UCAGAAGACCCUAAACACAACAAACACCACGCCCAGAAGAGGUAGCUAGGUCAUUCAAAUAGUUUUACUCCGUUAUAUAGCAAGAAAAUGUUCCUGGCACUUCUUCAAUACUGCAUACAUUCGUCGGAAUAUAGCUAUUGAAAGUGCUGCCAUGGCGAGCAGACGGGCGUUAAAGGCGGUGCUAAUUGACCUAAGCGGAACACUCCAUGUAGAGGACUGUGCUGUUCCCGGGGCCCAGGAAGCCCUCCGCAGCAGGUUACGUCAGUCCUCAGUGGCCGUGAAGUUUGUGACCAACACCACCAAGGAGUGUAGGCGGAGCCUUUUGGAGCGGCUGCAACGGCUGAACUUUGACCUGGAGGAGCGGGAGAUCUUCACCUCGCUGAGCGCGGCACGUCGCCUGCUGGAGCAGAGGAGAGAGCGCCCCCUGCUGCUAGUGGAGGACAGCGCUCUGGAGGACUUCUCAGGUCUGGACACGUCCGAGCCCAACGCUGUGGUGAUAGGACUAGCACCCGAACACUUCAACUACCAGACACUGAACAAGGCCUUCAGGCUGGUUCUGGAGGGUGCCUCCCUCAUAGCCAUUCACAAGGCCCGGUACUACCGCCGGCAGGACGGGCUGGCGCUGGGGCCCGGUCCGUUUGUGGCGGGACUAGAGUACGCCACAGAGCGGCAGGCGGAGGUGGUGGGCAAACCUGAGCAGAGCUUCUUCCUGGAGGCUCUCCGAGAGCUGGGCUGCAGCCCUGAGGACGCCAUCAUGAUAGGAGACGACGCACGGGACGAUGUUGGCGGUGCCCAGAAGGCAGGCAUGAAGGGAAUCCUAGUUAAAACUGGUAAAUACAGGGAGGGUGAUGAGAAGAUUUCCCCUCCUCCAUAUCUGACCUGUGAUGACUUUGUCCAGGCUGUAGACCACAUCCUUCAUCACCUGGUCUAGAUGGCCAGCUCCCUAUCAUCUGGUAUAACUAACCAGCUGACCUGGUCUAGCUAAGCCUCUAACUUACCCUCCCUUUCAAGUGCUGUUCAUCCGUCCUGCUUCGAACAAGCUCACCUCUAGAAUACCCCUCCUCCAGCCAGCUCACCUUCAACUCCAGAACAGCCCUCCCCAGAACCAGGUCAGUUCCACCUCCAGAACACUCCUUCUCCAGUCAGCUAACCUCCACUUCCAGGACACCCCUCCUCCGGCCAGCGGAACAGUGCUCCAUCUCAUAUAACCUUCCUCCCAGGGCAGCCAGCCUGAUGACUAGCUGCCAGCUUGUUCUGUUUGUGUGUUUGUCAUGAGGAAUGCAUAAUGUGUCAAACUAGAAUAUUGAAUCAUGAACAUUUUAUUUUUGUGUUUUAAUAAAACGACAAAACUGA